UGGACUGUCCCUUCCUGUUUUAGUGCCGAGAGAGCCACCGUACCGACUCACACUGGAGCAGGAACACGGGCGCUCAUAACGCGAUUAUGCCUGGAUUUUCGCUGCGUUCGUCAGAGACACGGAGCCUCGUUUUCCACCGUGGGUUGCGCGGGUUUGUGUAUUAGGGAAUGCUGUUAUGUUAUUCUCCGGGUAACUGGUAACGUAGCAGGCCUGUUUACUGCGCCGCCAGCCCUUGUUCCUUUGCCGUGUCAAUGAUUGUCCUCCCCUUACUCUCAUGGCGGAGACUAAAAUAAUAUAUCAUAUAGACGAGGAGGAGACUCCUUAUCUGGUCAAACUGUCCGUUUCGCCCGAGAAAGUCACCCUAGCGGAUUUUAAAAAUGUCCUCAACAACCGGCCGGUCAAUAGCUACAAAUUCUUCUUCAAAUCGAUGGACCAGGAUUUUGGGGUUGUCAAAGAAGAGAUUUCCGAUGACAACGCCAAGCUGCCCUGCUUCAACGGGAGAGUAGUGUCCUGGCUGGUCCUGGCAGAGAGUGCCCAUUCUGAUGGAGGAUCGCAGUGCACAGAGAGCCAUCCAGAACUGCCCCCUCCUCUUGAGAGGACCGGGGGCAUCGGAGACUCACGCCCCCCCUCCUUCCACGCCAAUGCGGUGAGCAGUCGAGAUGGCCUGGACACCGAGACGGGCACAGAGUCUCUCCUGAGCCACCGCAGGGAGCGAGAGAGAGAGCGCGCGCGGAGGAGAGUUCGAGAAACUGAGCUCCCUCGCAUCAACGGUCACUCUAAAUCGGAGCGCACUGCGAGAGACUCAGCCAUGGGUUACGACAGCGCCUCGGUAAUGAGCAGCGAGCUGGAGUCCAGCUCAUUUGUUGACAGUGAAGAAGAUGAGGAUGCUAGCAGACUCAGCAGCUCCACCGAACAGAGCUCCUCUUCACAGCUGAUGCGCAGACACAAGCGCCGCAGACGGAGGCACAAAGUGGCGAAGAUCGACCGGUCUUCAUCCUUCAGCAGUAUCACAGACUCCACUAUGAGCCUCAACAUUAUCACCGUCACACUCAACAUGGAGAAGUACAACUUUUUGGGUAUCAGUAUUGUUGGUCAGAGCAAUGACCGGGGCGAUGGCGGCAUCUACAUCGGCUCUAUCAUGAAGGGAGGAGCUGUGGCUGCGGACGGCAGAAUAGAGCCUGGAGACAUGCUCCUCCAGGUGAAUGACGUAAACUUUGAGAAUAUGAGCAAUGACGACGCUGUGAGGAUUCUCAGAGAGAUUGUCUCGAAAACUGGUCCUAUUAGUCUUACUGUUGCCAAAUGUUGGGACCCGUCUCCACGAAGCUACUUCACCAUCCCUCGUGCCGAACCAGUGAGACCGAUUGACCCUGCAGCCUGGAUUUCACACACCACCGCCCUGACAGGACCUUACCCGCACUACGAGUUUGAUGACUUGCCUCUAUCUGCAAGUAAAACAGACAUGGCGACCAUUGUCAAGGUGAUGCAGUUGCCUGACUCUGGCCUAGAGAUUCGAGACAGGAUGUGGCUGAAGAUCACCAUCGCCAAUGCUGUGAUUGGUGCUGACGUGGUAGACUGGCUUUACUCAAGAGUGGAAGGAUUCAAGGACCGGCGUGAUGCGAGGAAGUAUGCGAGCAGUCUGCUGAAACAUGGCUACCUUAGACACACCGUCAACAAGAUCACCUUCUCCGAACAGUGCUACUAUACCUUUGGGGACCUCUGCCAAAACAUGGCAUCACUUAAUUUAAAUGAGGGAUCCAGUGGCGGAGGCUCGGAGCAGGACACUUUGGCACCUCUCCCUCCCACCAGCAACCCCUGGCCCCUGGGCGGGCAGCCAUUCCCCUACCCUCCCUUUCCCUCCGCACCCCCCAGCUUCCCGCCAGGAUACUCAGACCCGUGCCACAGUUUCCACAGUGGGAGCGCAGGCAGCCAGCACAGCGAGGGAAGCCGAAGCAGUGGAUCCAACCCCAGCGCGGGAAAAGGUAGACGCUCCUCCCCACAGGAGAAGGGUCAAAGGUCAACAUGCAGCGAAUCAGAGCCUGGCAUCCGUGGAGGGAGGCGCGGCGACAGAUCCGCCAGCCAAAUGAGCCAUCACAGCCAUGCCGUCUCCAGUCACAGUCACGCUCGAUCAAAUUUCAGUCACAGUGUGUCACACAGGAGCCAUUCUCAAUCACAGAACAGCCACCCCUCCUUCACCUACAGCCACGCCCCGUUUACCCAGCAAGGGCCAGGUUCCUGUGCCCAGAGCGAGCGAAGCCAUGCCUCCUCCUACGGCCCCCCAGGCUUGCCUCCUCCUUAUUGUCUGGCCCGCCUGGCCCCCAAGACCGCAGUCAGCAGCAGCACGCCCCCUGGAGCCCCUCCCGGGAGAGAGUUGGCAGCCGUUCCUCCCGAGCUCACUGCCAGCCGCCAGUCCUUCCAGCAUGCUAUGGGCAAUCCCUGUGAGUUCUUUGUUGACAUCAUGUGACAGGACAGUGCCUUUAAAACUCAUCGAGCACAAAACUAUUUUUCCCUUAAUCCACCCAAGCCCUCCUCUCUUUCAUCCCAAUCUUUUUCCUCUAACUGUUUCUAAGUUCAGAAUGUAGACACUGACUGGCCCUUUACCUACCCCCCUGCUAUCUCUCUGUCCCUCUGAUGUCCACGCAAAGGACUACAGGCAGCGAGAGCACAACAGGAGGGAGUCCUCUCACACAUAAAAACACAGGUCCUCUGUGGCUGAAAACCCUCUUUUGUAUUGACGUGACGUGUACAGUUUGUGAAACGUGAGGUGUAUUCAGUGUGGUGAUUCUUUAAAGCUGCCCUGCAGACCUUUUCUCGGGAGUGUGUACUCUACGUAGGAUCAUUUCUGUUCUGCAAGACCCUUAAGCUGACUGGGCCUGGAUCUCAAUCCCCCAGACCCAGACCGACACCUACAGCCCGCACUUAAGAGCUUUCUUCUGGGCCUAUAACUUGGACUGGAUCUCCUGACUCAUAUCUGUGCGUACUGAUAAAAUUUAGCUCGUUGCACCAAACUUGUGGCCCCAUUUCCUUUACGCUGUGGCACCGCCACCAGCUUAUUUAGGCUCUUACCUGCCAACUAGUAAACGCUAACCUUGAUCAGUUCAUGAACCGUGGAUUUCUUCAACUACAUAAGGGAGGCCCUGUAGCCAGCCUAUAGCUUAACUAGGCUGCACAUUGCAUGACUGUCUCAACUGCUUUAAAGAAAAGAAAUUUUAUGACAUUUUCUUCAGAGUGUUACCAUUAUUGGGGGAGGGGUUACCUCUUGCCAGUGUUCUAACGGAAGAAUCCAUACACUGGAUGAUUUUUGUGAUGUUAUUUAUGUGAUCAUGUUGCAUUAAUGGUGUCAUACAUUGUCUACUACGGCUGACUGACAGACAAUCAGACAUCCCCCCUUUGUGAAUCAGUGGCCAGUUGCCACUGUCCUAGCUGUGCUUUGUCGAAUGUAUCAUUAUUCCUGUCAGUGAUUAAACCCUGACACUCUUAACACUUUGGUUUAAACACUUUUAAGUAAGCAAAUCAACUUACAAACAGGAUUGCAAACAGUGAACAUCCACCGCAGCAGUGAAAGCAAACUCAAAGGGUUGACAUGAGAUAAAGCGGUUUGCUGAGAGCAUCAUUGUUGUCUCCUUCGUAGCGAGUGUGAGCUUCGAUAAAAGUCAGUAAGAUUAAAGCCAAAGCCGCACAUUGUGUGAUGGAUAUUUAGAAGCUGUCUGUGAUGAUAGCCACGCUAUGGUUAUCAUCAGACACUUCUCAUUUUAAAACUUCAAAGUAACUUCAAGGGGAAUCCUGGCCUUCAGACUCUGAUAUCCUUGCCAAACAACGGCAAACCCCUGUUGUAUCUACCUAAAAUAUAGUUACAAGAGGGAAAUAACACACAUGCACACACACACACACACACACACACACACACACACACACACACACACACACACACACACACACACACACACACUAGUUUUAUGAGCACUUUUCCAUUUUGUCUCUCCCUCCCUUUAGUAUGAAACACUGUUUGCAAUCAAAGCUUUCUCUUUAAUUUUGUUUCUUUACAAAAGAAGAAUAAAUU